GCGGCGCCGCCGCUUGAACUAACAACUCGGCGGUCAAUUACAGAGCCGCGAGGGAGACGACGACGACGACGACUUUAACCUCCGACACAGAGACGGCGAAGAGGCCGAGCUCGCGCGCUGAACACAACGGCAGCGAUAACCACAGCGGCGGCUACAGCCUGGAUAGGUGGUGGUGGUGGUGGGGCGCGUUAAAGCUCGAGUCGAUGUCGGGGCAAGUUAUAUUAAGUGGUUCAUAUGUCUUCCCCAAUGGAGACAAAUACGGAUCACGGUAUUAUUUGGAGAUCAAUGAUUUCCUUGGGGCAACAGUUCUCUACACAUCUUGCAGAGGGUGAGUACAGCAAGAGUGAGGAUGGUGUGAUGGAGCGACAUGGCACUGGGACGCAUCGCACGGCAGGGGGCAGCAUCUACACAGGCCAGUGGAAACACGACAAGAUGGAGGGGACAGGACGGCUGGUUUACCUGUCGGGAGCCGUGUACCAGGGAAGUUUCCACGACAACAUGUACCAUGGCACAGGCACCUACACGUGGCCCAGUGGAGUGAAGUACAUCGGAAGCUUUCAACACAACAAGCUAAAAGGGGAAGGUAUGUUCACAGACACAGAAGGACAAGAGUGGACAGGGAUGUUCCACAAAAAGGCUGCACCAGGCCUCAAGCUCAAACUCAACAUGGGAUGACUGCAGUCGUGCAAAGCAUGUCCCUUUGCCAUUAUUACACCUGAAAUGAAGUGGGCACCUUUGGAACAUUUUAAAAGUGACAUCAGUGUAAUGGAAAUCUACAGUUGCAUUUGGUGAUAGAAAAGCACCCGUAUGCUCAAUGAUGAAUUUAAAAGAAUGUAAAAGUUUAUUUUAUUUAUUGCAAAAUACAUUAUGAACCAAAAAUAAAGAAACAAUGGAUGAA